AUGUGGCGCCUCAAGCUAUUCCGCCGACGCUAUUUUCGUCAGCUACUCAUUUACAUCAUCAUCGUCUCCUGCUUCCUCGCAUUCCUAUUCAGCAAUUCGACGUCACUGUAUCAAGAACCGGAGAUCCCGAAAUCAGCGCCGGCGAGACGAGAGCCAGCGUCCGCGGAUUACGUAGCCCCAGUGGUGCCAUCUACCUCAACUGAGCCGAAUUUGGGCAAACAGCGACAUCUAUCUCCUGUGGGCCAGUUACCCUGGUUUUUCCAGAACGGGACCUAUUGUCCACAGCCCACACGUGGCCGGAAAAGCCCGAUUUGGCCUGAUGAAAGCUCUGAGGAUAGGAUUGUGGAGCAACUUAUGUACAGGCCUGCAAUAGAACACGGUGUUGCCAGUGGACCAGAACGCACCAGCAUCAUACUGGCCCAAGAAGAGAAUUCAGUGCUGGUGGAAGAAAGAAGCAAACACGAGCACCAGAAGAGCAAAAGAACCGGAGACAAACUGGUGCUGUUGUACAACCAGCACGGCUGGCCCGGGGUCAAGCUCGGCUCCGGCAUGUUCGACAAGUGUCCCGUGAGGUCCUGCAGUGUUACCAAGUCCAAACACGACAUGAGGAUUGCGGAUGCCGUUUUGUUCAAGGACUUUGUGCCAGCAGUCGCCAAACCGCAUCCGGACCAGAUUUGGAUCCUGUACUUGUUGGAAAGCCCGAUGCACACGCAGGGAUUCCUCAACGUCCACUCCAUCAACUGGACAGCGACUUACAGACGGGACUCGGACAUAGUCACGCCGUAUGCCAAGUGGGUGUACUACGACCCAGAGGUGACAUCUUUACCAGUAUCCAGGAACCACGCAGCCAACAAGACCAAGCUCGUCGCCUGGUUCGUGUCCAACUGCCACGCCCGCAAUAACAGGUUGCAGUUUGUGCGGGAAUUGGCAAAGCACGUCGGGGUGGACAUUUACGGGGCUUGUGGCAAUUACAAGUGUCCCAGGAACAACGCGAAAAUGUGCUUCGACUUGUUGAACGCCCGCUACAAGUUUUACUUGGCAUUCGAAAACAGCAACUGCGUGGAUUACAUCACCGAAAAGUUUUUCGUCAACGGUCUCACGAACGAUGUCGUGCCAAUUGUGAUGGGUGCAAGACCCCAAGAUUAUGCCAGAGCUGCACCCAAGAAAUCUUACAUUCAUGUGGAUGAUUUUGCUUCUCCGCAGGACCUAGCAGAGUACCUCAAGUACCUCGACUCCCACGACGCCGCCUACAACGAGUAUUUCACCUGGAAGGGCACCGGGGAGUUCAUCAACACCUACUUUUUCUGUCGCAUGUGCGCCAUGCUCCACGACCCCGAGCCGCCAUCCAAAGAAUACCUCAAUCUGAGCAAGUGGUGGCGCCUGGACGCCAUGUGCAGACGUGGUUCCUGGAACACGACCCUAGAGCAGAAAACCUCGGAGCAGCACAAAGCCGAACUUGCCAAUAAGGAAAAACGGGGAACUGAUUCGGACAAGUGGCCGGUAUUGCUGUGA